AUGCCUGGCUUCGUCGACACAUACAAAGUCGAUUUAUCUGAUCCUUACUAUGGAUUCCAGUCAUGGAAUGAUUUCUUUACCAGACAAUUGAAAAAUGACCAAGUUCGUCCAAUCGCUGAGCCUAAUAAUUCAUAUGUAAUAUGUUCUCCAUGUGAUGCCACUCCAUAUUUCAUCAAGAGAAACCCAAAGCUCCGAGAUCACUUUUGGAUCAAGUCACAGCCGUACAGCUUAGAACAUCUGCUCGAUGAUGAAGCCUUGGCCGAGAAAUACGUGGGCGGUACUGUAUUUCAAGCCUUUCUCCUUCCUAACAACUACCAUCGCUGGCAUUCACCAGUUGACGGAAUAAUAACGAAGGCAUACAUUAAGGAAGGCGCGUACUUUGCAGAAGCUCUCUCGAUGGGGUACCAUCCAACAGGUAUUAAACAUUCACAAAGAUACAUAGCUCACGUGAAUACCCGAGCCAUAAUCCACAUUGAUACAGGGAACCAGAAUAUUGGUACAGUGAUCUUCAUCGCAGUUGGAAUGGCUGAGGUCUCAAGCUGUGAUAUUGAGGUAUAUUAUGGGCAGAAAUUGAAGAAAGGUGAUCUUCUAGGCACUUUCCAGUUUGGUGGAUCCACGUACUGCCUCCUGUUUCAAAAGGGUGUGGAGAUUAGAUUUGGUGCUGACCUACCAGAUGGGAAAUUGAAAACUGGUCUGCAAUUGGUCAACAGUGUUGUCGGAACGGUCGCAAUUCCGACACACCGGCUCUAAUUAUUUUAUUUUUUUAUUUUACAAGAUUCGCCAAACAUAACAGACAUAAAUAAGACUAACACUUUACAAAAUUUACAUAUAAUUCGGGUAGGGACUAGCCACCGAGAUAAUCUCCAAUUAUGGGGUCCCUUACAAUAAGUUACAAUAUAUAACAUUAAAUCAAAUUUUGCUAAAAUGUCAACAACAUGUCCUCACUAAUAAGCUAUUAAAAGACUGAGUUGAUUGGCAUUUGACGCACACUGACUUAAAUGUUCUAGGAUUGUCUGGGUUGUAUAUUUGUUCUAAAAGUUUUAAGUAGUAUUUGAAUAAAGGGGUUUUAAAGUAAGCUAAUGAUCUUGGAGUGUCACAAAUAUUGCUAGGGAGAAUGUUCCACACGCAUUGCGCUUUCACAUAGAAAUUGUUCUUGUAGCUAACUGUCCUGCAUCGAGAAACAUUAAGAAGAAUACCAUUGACAGAAUUAGCGUUUCUAGUCGUCCGGGUGGUUGUUCGUAUUGGCACAUUGACAUCGUUGCUCAAAAUACUCUUGUAAAGAAAAACUAAGUCUAGAAAUUCGUGCCAAUAACAGAUUGGGAGAAUACCGAUAACCAGUAGUCGUUCCCUGUAUGUUGUGGCUGUUUUGUAAGGAAGGGAAAGAAUGAAUUUGGUCGCGCGGCGUUGGACCCGUUCAAUGGACAGUAUGUCGGUGACAGCUUGAGGUCUCCACACCUGGCUGGCAUAUCCUAACUUGCUGCGCACUAAGGACAAGUACAAGACCUUUCGCACGUGGAUGUUAUGCGUGUCGGAGGCUGUUCGACGAAUGAAGCCUUUGAUGUUAUUUCUUCAACCUGUUUUGUCCACUUGAGAUCUUUUGUGACAACAAUCCCAAGGUCUUUUUGAUGACAUAGUUGCUUCCGAGAACUAUCCAGUAGUUUAUAAUCUGUUGUGACUGGUUGGCGACUUCUUGUGAAACUAAUUACUCCGCAUUUAGAUUCAUUUAAGUCCAUUUUCUAGAUAGUACACCAGUUCACGAGAUUAUUCAGAUCAUUCUGCAGACCUUCGCAGUAGGGUAAAUCUUUUAUCGGACGGUAGCACUUCGUAUCAUCGGCGAGCAUUGCCACAGUUGAUUUGCCCGAGAUGGAAUGUGGAAGAUCUUUCACAUAUACUAGGAAAAGGAGGGGCCCCAAGAUUGAUCCCUGAGGAACACUAGACAGUACAGGGAGUUUACCCGAAGUCUCACACAGAACAGUGACUCUUUGGUAGCGGCCGGAGAGAUAAUUUUCAAACCAAUUUAGUAGGUCACCUCUUAUUCCAAACUUGUGAAGUUUACUCAACAAAAGCUUAUGACUAACCUUGUCAAACGCUUUUGCAAAGUCCAGAUACACAGCGUCGACUUGGUUUCGACUCUCCAACGCUUGAUGAAUAUCCUGGAGAACGUGAAGAAGCCGUGAGGUGGUUCAAUUGCCUCUGAGGAAACCGAAUUGUAGAUGGUGGAGUUGAGUGGAUAUGUGUGAUACGAGUUGGUUGUAGACGCAAAAUUUGGAGACCAAGGUCAACAGAGAUAUUAGUCGAUAGUUCGACGCAUCUUCAGCUGGGCCUUUCAGUGGGAUUGGAACAAUAUUGGAGAGUUUCCACUCAUUUGGAAGUUUACCCAUAGAUAAACUCUUGUUGAAGAGAUCACAUAGCGAUAAAUAAACACUGGACGCACAGUUUUUGAGGAGUUUCGCUGGUAUUUUGUCAGGGCUAGUCGUUUUGUUUUCAUCGAGAGCAGCAAGAGCGUGGUAAACUUUCUCGGGUGUUAAGGUGAUGCUGGAGAUGGUACAUUCUGAACUAUCAGAGGGCGAGUCGCUAGAGUUUGGAAAGGAUGCUUCGUCGUCAGAAGGUUUGAAAACGGAAUAGAAGUAGUGGUUGAGUAAGUUGGCAAUAUCCGCUGGGUUCUUGGCUGAGCUUGUUACGUCGUCAGAACGAGACCAUGACAUUUUGUUGGGAAUGUUCGAGUGCUUAGAAACGGACUUGAAAAUAGACCAAAACUUCUUUGUACUCGAUCUCAGUAAGGCUGGCAGAGAUUCAAGGAAUUUCUUGCGUUUCGCAUAGAUGAUGGACUUUGUUUUACGUCGCAACUCCCGAUACUUUUUCCAGAGGCUGGAGCACGAUGUUUGUUUGGCCGCUCUUCUCUAAGAGUCUUUCUUUUGAAGAAGUGUUUAACUUCGCCGUCGAUCCACAAAGGAGUGGUACGUCUUUUGAAUUAUUUUUGCGGGAUAUGUUUGGCAGCAGCACCAAGAAACAAAUCUUCCCAUUUCGUCCAGUCAGCAUCGAUAUUAGUGGAAUCACCCGGAGCAAGAUCAAGAUGACUCAGAGUCUCGUGCAAAGCGUUCCAGUCAGCAUGUUGAAAAUCGAACACAGUUAUUCUGUCGCAUCCGGUCGAUUUGACGUAAAGUAGAAGGUCAAAGAACAACAGAUGGUGAUCGGUGGCAGGGGCGUAGGAACCUUCGAAAAGUUGGAGGGGGGCCAGGCCUUGAGGGGCACUUUUCGAAAAAAAAAGGGCAUCUAAAAAUAUUUUUUUGCGACCUCCUCCCUCCCCCCCGGCGCCAAAAAAUUUUCGGUCAGUGUACCAUUUUAGGGGUCCAAAAAAUUUUUCCGGACAUAUCAUAAAACAUUUUCCGCAUAUACCACAUUUUUUUCCUAAAUACGAGAAAAAUUUUUCCGGAAUACUAAAAAUUUUUUCGGAUAUAUGAUAUUUUUUCCGAAAAUUAAAAUAUUUUUCGGGAAAAAACGUACAUUGAAGUUUUCAAAAGUGCUCCUUGGGCUAAAAAUACAAUUUUAAUGAACUAGAAACACAUGCAUGCAAUAACCCCUCGUCUGUUUCCAAAAGAUGUAUACUCAGUGCCGUUGCUAGCACUUCGUCUCAGGGGGUGUGUGAGGUUAGAUAGAGGGGGGGGGGGUUACCAAAAUGUUUCCAGAUGCACAAAAAAUUUUCAGGAUAUCUAAUAAUUUUUCCGAAAAUACAGUUGUUUUCCAAAUUCACUUUCUCAUGUCCUGAGAAUUACCUGAAUUCCCCUGAAAAUCUUCUGCAAAUCUACUUAAAUUUACCUAAAAGUGCACUGGAAAUCUACCUGAAAUUCCUCAUGAGAAAUUAUCAGGGGUGUUGCACCCCCCACCCCCCACCAGUGAGUUUCACGCAAACACUCUCUGAUUUAUUGUUCGUGUAUUUCAUCUCCCAAAAUUUUGUGCAUCAUACUAUAGAGCAUUUUGCUGUUGUCAUGGUCUAGCGUGGUUCAAAUUUAUGAAUUUUUAUUAUAUAAAGUAUAGUGUUUUAUGUACUAUUUAAAACACGAGUAGGAGUGUUUUAUCAGAUAUAUAACGCGAGGCGCAGCCGAGCGUUAUAUAUCUGAUAAAACACGACAACGUCACAACGAGUGUUUUGAAUAGCUUAAAAUACGACUACAAAAGAAUACUAAUUAGGAUGAACCAUAGUAUAAUCAUGCUAAUUAAGAUGAACAAUUAUAUAAUGCCACAUGUGUUUUAUCAGAUAUAAGUCACUCCACGUGACAUAUUAUGGCUGACAUGAUUUGCCACAAGGUUUAUGAAUUAUUAAUGAGUAUUUUAAAGAGAUUUCGACCACUGAUAAAAAUGAUAAUCUCACAUGUGAAAUUAUUCAUGACAAUCUCACAUGUGAAAAUUAUCGCCUUUUCAAUUAUCGCUUUUCUGUAAAAAUUAUCGCUUUUCAAAGACUGUCCUUUAUAUAAUAAACAGAAAAAUACAUGGGUGGUUGGAAAUACCAGAUUUAUUUUUCGUGUUGAACAUGACAUCUCACUCGUUCGAUGCGCUCACUUGUUCGCUCCGCACUCAUGUUCAACACUCGAAAUAAAUCUGGUAUUUCGUGCACCCAUGUAUUAUUCUCUAUUUAAACUACAACUUGACUGGUUUAAAUUAUUAUCAAGUUAUCAGUGAUAGUAAAAGUUGCAGAUAGAAGUGUUUUGUUUUAUAUUAUUAUCAAGUUAUCAGUGAUCGCAAAACCUCCAAAUCCUUAAUUUCAAAUGUUAGAAUGUUAGGGUUUGCAAUCCAAGUGAGAAUUAUAUACAUUUUAAGACCUAACCAGGAACGACUGCGAAAAAUGCAGCACAAGGUCCUCUGGUAGGAAUUGAACCUACGGCCCUGCGAUUCCGGUGCAGCGCUCUAACCAACUGAGCUACAGAGGCCAGCUGUUGAGCUUUAACCGUAAGUUCAUGUAUAUUUAGGUAAUCGGGUGUGCGGGUUGUGAUAAGGUGGACUCCAAUAAUUUGGAUUCUUGCACUUCACUUGGUGGAGUUAAUAUUAGCAUGUUAGGGUUUGCAAUCCAAGUGAGAAUAUAUACAUUUUAAUUAAGAUCUAACCAAGAACGACUGCGAAAAAUGCAGCACAAGGUCCUCUUGUAGGAAUUGAACCUACGGCCCUGCGAUUCCAGUGCAGCGCUCUAACCAACUAAGCUACAGAGGCCAGGGGCCUGUUGUAUAAAAAAGUGAUUAAAGUUAACUAUAGUUAGUGGAAACGUCAUCGAAUAAGAAGCGCAUAUUUGAGAGUUAAUCACUAUUUUACUACAAAAUAGUGAUUAAAAAAGCGAUUAAGAGUUUUAUACAACCGGCCCCAGCUGUUGAGCUUUAACCGUAAGUUCAUGUAUAUUUAGGUAAUCGGGUGUGCGGGUUGUGAUAAGGUGGACUUCAAUAAUUUGGAUUCUUGCACUUCACACUUGGUGGAAUUAAUAUUAGAAUGUUAGGGUUUGUAAUCCAAUUGAGAAUAUAUACAUUUUAAGACCUAACAAGGAACGACUGCGAAAAAUGCAGCACAAGGUCCUCUGGUAGGAAUUGAACCUACGGCCCUGCGAUUCCGGUGCGGCGCUCUAACCAACUGAGCUACAGAUGCCAGCUGUUGAGCUUUAACCGUAAGUUCAUGUAUAUUUAGGUAAUCGGGUGUGCAGGUUGUGAUAAGGUGGACUUCAAUAAUUUGGAUUCUUGCACUUCACUUGGUGGAAUUAAUAUUAGAAUGUUAGGGUUCGCAAUCCAAGUGAGAAUAUAUACAUUUUCAGAUCUAACCAGGAACGACUGCGAAAAAUGCAGCACAAGGUCCUCUGGUAGGAAUUGAACCUACGGCCCUGCGAUUCCGGUGCAGCGCUCUAACCAACUGAGCUACAGAGGCCAGCUGUUGUGCUUUAACCGUAAGUUCAUGUAUAUUUAGGUAAUCGGGUGUGCGGGUUGUGAUAAGGUGGACUUCAAUAAUUUGGAUUCUUGGACUUCACUUGUUGGAAUUAACAUUAGAAUGUUAGGGUUUGUAAUCCAAGUGAGAAUAUAUAAUAUUACAUUUUAAGACCUAACCAGGAACGACUGCGAAAAAUGCAGCACAAGGUCCUCUGGUAGGAAUUGAACCGACGGCCCUGCGAUUCCAGUGCAGCGCUCUAACCAACUGAGCUACAGAGGCCAGCUGUUGGGCUUGAACCGUAAGUUCAUGUAUAUUUAGGUAAUCGGGUGUGCGGGUUGUGAUAAGGUGGACUUCAAUAAUUUGGAUUCUUGCACUUCACUUGGUGGAAUUAAUAUUAGAAUGUUAGGGUUUGUAAUCCAAGUGAGAAUAUAUACAUUUUAAGACCUAACAAGGAACGACUGCGAAAAAUGUAGCACAAGGUCCUCUGGUAGGAAUUGAAACUACGGCCCUGCGAUUCCGGUGCAGCGCUCUAACCAACUGAGCUACAGAUGCCAGCUGUUGAGCUUUAACCGUAAGUUCAUGUAUAUUUAGGUAAUCGGGUGUGCGGGUUGUGAUAAGGUGGACUUGGAUUCUUGCACUUCACUUGGUGGAAUUAAAAUUAGAAUGUUAGGGUUUGUAAUCCAAGUGAGAAUAUAUACAUUUGCAUAUUCUCACUUGGAUUACAAACUAUUCUCAUUUGGAUUACAAAAUAUAUACACCAAAUAUAUAUAUGUACUAUACCGGUACAUUUGUAUAUUCUCACUUGGAUUACAAAGUAUUCUCACUUGGAUUACAAAAUAUAUACAUGUAUAUAUUCUCACUUGGAUUACAAACCCUAACAUUCUAAUAUUAAUUCCACAAGUGAAGUGCAAGAAUCCAAAUUAUUAAUUUCAAAUGCCCCGCCGGGGCUAAGGUUCGAGUGGAAAUACCCAACCCCCGGGACGUGCUUUACAGGAAAAUGACUGGGCGAGGGGGAUUGGCACACUUGGAUUUGGCUGAUGCAUUAAAAGUCAUGGAAAAAGAAAAAACUUUUCAUGUUGCUACUAUAAAAUGGCUUAUUGUGCUUAUUCCUGUGCUUAUUCCAGACUGCUUGUCAAAUAUUUACUUGCUAGAAGUAGAAAUUUACUCUGGCCACUGGAUGAAGAAGACAUUAAAUAAGUACUGCAUGGUCAAUAAACAGAAAUGUAUUUUAUUUCAUAGUAUUACAAUUUUAUUUUUAUACUAUAAAAAUAAAAUAUAAACAUAUGCGGCAUAGAAUAUGCAAAUUCGAGGCAAAAUUAUUGUUGAAUCGGUUUAUUUAUAGGAUUUUAUAACAAAUAGCAACUAUAAAAGUUUGUACCUUGUCUUCACAUCGCUUUAUUCUGUUAGCCAAUGCUUUUAAAUUUACAUAUUUUAGAAUCAGUUCCUUUCCUGGUAACUGCAUUUCUAAAUGAAAUCAUCGUGAGUAGUGAGUGCUGAGCAGGCCGUUUUACUAUAAACAAAUUUUAGGAAUUGAUAAGAACUUUGAAAAAUAUAUCGUUGCACAUUCGGUCACAGUCGGAAAAAUGUUUGUACCGUCGCUUGCAACUAACGAUGAACAGUUGCUCAUAAAAACAUUCGCGUGAUUAGAAUCUCCAAUGUUUGUCAAGAACAACAACACUUAAUUGUUGUUUCCCAUGUGUACAAUAAUAAGUAACAAUACUUUGUGUGGUCUGAACGUGUUGGGCUAGAGACCUACUGGAAACUUUUACAGGCUUUUUAAUGACAAUAGAGAAUGUUUUAUCUGCAACUGUUCACCCUUAGUUGCAACUGACGGUAUUUGACAGCAUAAAAUGGCCUGUGGCUGUGAUAACUGAUAUAAAUAAAAUACAGUCUGGUUAUACUGACUUGAGCGUGUCAUGACAAACUCUUUAUUGGAAAAUUGUGAAGAAAUAGUCGAAUAUAGAGGGUCGAAUAUCAUACCUCAACUUGUAUAUAUGGCUACAGUAUCAUUGGUACAUAGCGUUGUGAAGACAAGCCUUUGCUUACCUUUCGCUUCAGCAGUCUUUUUUUCCAUGCUUCUCUACGCUUUCCCAGGCGAGCUUCUCUUUCCUCAGCAGUCUCCUCGAGCAAACGUUGUCGUCUUCGCUAGCUCCCUCCUUUUCGCUAGACGUUCGGCUUUCUUGUCGUUUCCUUGCCGCUCUUCAUUUGGCUCCAUACAGUAGUCCAUAUCUUUUCAAUUGGUAUUUGAUACCGUAAUUGUUUUAUUAAACUUUUUAUAUCACAAAUUGCUUUGAAAGCUGUCAAAGUUUUUUGCAAACGUACAAAAUACUGUAGUGCAAAAAGCAAAUUAUUUUCAUGAAGUAUCUGUCAGUUGAAGUCGUCAUUUGUCAUACAACAACAAAUUUUAAAUUUGACCAAUCAGUGUUCGCUAUCCAUGACAGUCCGCCAUAUUUUUGAGAUCAGUGAGGAUGACCACCCACGCACGGUGACCCACGCCCGCGAUAUUUGAUGAACUUUAGACUUGGCUAAUGCUUUCGUUUCCCCGGGUGUAAAUAGCCGGGGGGAAUUAGUACCCUCGCACGGCGCUUCGCGCCGCAGGCUCGGGGAAAAUUUUCAGGCAAAAAAAGGGCACUUUGCUCCGGGAAAAAGGGCACUUGCCAAAACUUGGGGGGCCCCCCCGCCCCCCCCCCGGUUCCUACGCCCCUGGGUGGAGAUACCUAUAGUUGAAGGUGGAAUGCACGAGAGGUUAUCGACAUUCUCGAAAGCGGAUGUUAGGAUGAGAUCUAGAAUGUGGUUCUGUCAGGUGGGAUAAAUGUUGACUUGGUGUAGAAAGAAAUCUAGAUUUAAUUCUUUGAAUUAAACCCACAAAUUCACAAUUACAAUCACAUAUCGAGUUCGAUAGCGACAAUCUCUAGGCGAUCUGACCAGUUAGGACCAUUCCUUCCAGCAGUAAUUCUGGUGUAUGGGAUGUCAUCACGCAAUGCUAUGAAGACCUCACCUCCGCGUUGGUUAGCUGACCGAUCUUUCCUUACGAUGUUGUAACCUUUGGGAAGAAUCUCUUUAUCCGAAAAGUUAUCAUUGAGCCAUGAUUCUGUCACAAAAAUUAAAUCGAUUUCCUCAGCGUAAACAAGGUCUUGAAAGGAUUUUAAAUUGCUAGCGUAUGAUCCGUCAGGUAACUUUCUAGUGCUUCGAAUACUCUGCGCAUUGAAUGAAAGACACCGAAGAUGUUGACUGUUGGGACCUGGGUUACUAGCAAUGUCACCAGCAAGUACGAUCACAAAAAGCAGAUGUAUGUUCUUAAACUGUAAUCCGUAACGGUGGUUUGUUGGCGAAGUAGAUUUUCUUAAAAUGUUAUCGCGCGUUGAAAUCCAUAAGUUGCCUACCUCCUCCGCAGGCCUUUCAAAAAAAUAAAAUUGGCGCGAAACGAACCGAAAGGCCUGCAGACUAAUUUUCCAAAAUGGCGGGAAGUCACAAUCCAAAUUAUAUUUAAUAUAUCAUUUUACCCAUUAAAUUUUCGCCAUUUCUUCAAAAUAUUUUUCUAAAUUCAAAAAAUUUCCCAAAACCAAAUUUUUUAUAAAUAUAAACUAUAAAUUACCUGAAUCUCGUGAUUUUCCUACAAAAAGCAUCGUUGGAAAUGUGAUUUAUCACGUAUUAUUUUACAACUAAAAGGGCACUUCUGCCCCCCUGCCCCCCCCCUAGCAAAAGGCAAGGGGGGCAGCCGCCCCUCCCCCUGCCCCCCAGUUCCGGCGUCCCUGGUUAAAUUAGUCUUUAACUACUUCUGAUAUAGACCGCUUCUCGUAUCAGCAAUAUACCUAAAAACAGUGAACACUGAACAAUCAAGCAUAUACAAUGAUUUAUAAAUAGAAACAGAUAAAUAUCAGUUUAUAAUUUGCAUAUUACAAACACGCAGCGCUUUUAU